GUUUGCAGCCGAGUAUAAAAAGAAGGCCUCGGGCCUGUUGUCUUCAGGUAGAGUAGAGCACAGAGAUAGUGCAGGUGCCGUUGAGACCGAGAGAGAGAGAAAAAAAACUCGUAUAGGGCUUCAUGAAUUCGUGAAGAAUUCUUAUAGGAUGCUUGUAAGAGGCAUCUACGUAAUGAGAUCAAAUUUUAAUUAGUUUCAGCACCAGUGGUGAUGAGAUGGGCCUCCUCGAUGCAAUUCUCCCUGUGCUCUUCUUUGGAUUACUACAGAUGCCAAGGGCAGGAGCAUCGUUGGGUCUCCCCUCUGCUACCACGCUCUCUAGCUGCCCGAAAAGAUGCGGCAACGUGGACAUCAUUUAUCCUUUUGGCAUUGGAUCUGGGUGUUUCCGACAGCCCGAUUUCAACCUUACCUGCGAUGACACCAACCAGCCGCCCAAGCUCUUCCUGCACGAUGGCGCCACCGAGGUCGUCGCUACUCCUCGUAACACGGUUGGGUGGUCGUCGUUGAUGACCUACGUAGCUAUUUCUCACACUAUCCCUAUGAUACCUGAUGUUCGCAUUUACAACUUUUUAUGGAAUCUCAGCUCUUUCAUUAUGGCUUAUGCCUCUUUUAAUAUUACUGGGUGUGACUUGGAUAUUUAUCUUCUCGAACAAGAAAGGAAUAGUUCCAUAUUGUUGUGUACCAACAGUUGCCUCCACAGCAACAUCACAGAGAUGGUAGCCAGACAGAACUGUAAUGGUACUGGAUGUUGCACAGUAGAUAUUAAAUGGGAUAUUCGUGAUUUCCAGCUCAAAUUUGUCCGACAUAAUAAAACCAAACUAUAUGCUUACUCUAGUCGAAGCUCCUUAUGGGACAUGAUUAAUAUAACUACCAACAACGCGGCCCUCCGGUGGAGUAUAGUCGAUCAACCCACAUGCGCCAGGGCAAUGGACAAUAAGACAAACUAUGCAUGUGUUAGCAUCAACAGCCAGUGCUAUGACGGGCUGUGGGAUCCUGGUUACAUAUGUGAAUGUAACAGUGGUUAUGAAGGCAAUCCUUAUCUACUUGAUGGCUGCAAGCGUGAUGAAGGAUACAGUCCAAUUCAACUAAAGGAAAAUUGUGCUCAGUCAUGCGGGAAUAUCGCGGUUCCAUUUCCUUUCGGUUUACAGGAAGGCUGCUCUGCAAGGAAGCUAUUUCAACUCAACUGCACCAAUGUGACAUCGUCCAUGCUCCAAUUUGAUGAUGACCAUGUUGUGACGUAUAUAAAUCUUACGGAAGGUCUUGUGGGCAUUAGAUUUACCUCACGUUACGAAGAUCAGGAACUUGGAAUGUACGUACCAGAAGAACCAAAUAUGUUUGUUGGUUUUGGGGAAUCUGUGGUCUUAGUGCGCUGGGCUGCUGCCAAUCUAACAUGUCAGGAGGCUCAGAAGAACCUCUCGCAAUAUGCAUGUGUCAGUACGAACAGCAUAUGUUUAGGUGUUAACUCUAUGAAGGGUUAUGUUGGAUAUCGAUGCAAAUGCUUAGAUGGUUUUCAAGGAAAUCCAUAUAUAACUAACGGCUGUGAAGACAUUGAUAAGUGCGGAAUGCCAGGCAUUUGCAAAGGGGUAUGCCAUAAUGUUGUAGGGAGCUACUACUGCACCAAAAGACAUAAUCUUCUCUUUGGUGUGAUCAUUGGGCUUAGUGUUGGCUUUGGCAUUCUACUAUCUGCCUUGGGUGUGAUGUUUCUCAUCCGUAGAUGGAAAAGGGACAUUGAAAAGCAACUACGAAGAAAAUACUUUAGAAAAAACCAAGGCCUUCUCCUGGAACAACUAAUAUCAUCUGAUGAGAAUGCCAAUAACAAGACAAAUAUUUUUUCUUUAGAAGAGCUCAAAAAGGCAACAAAUAACUUCGAUCCAUCACGUAUCCUUGGACGUGGAGGCCAUGGAAUGGUAUACAAAGGUAUCUUGUCAGAUCUGCGUGUGGUAGCAAUAAAAAUGCCUAAGAUCAUCGAGCAAGAUGAAAUCAGCAAUUUCAUCAAUGAGAUUGCCAUUCUUUCUCAGAUAAAUCACCGCAACAUUGUACGGCUCUUUGGAUGCUGUCUUGAAACCGAAGUCCCACUGCUUGUGUACGACUUUGUUCCCAAUGGUUCUUUGUUUGAAAUUCUCCAUGCUGAUGCUGGCAAUGAUUUCCAAUUGUCUUGGGAUGAAUGCUUAAAGAUUGCUUUAGAGGCUGCAGGAGCUCUCUGUUAUCUUCAUUCCGCAGCUUCAAUAUCAAUCUUCCAUCGUGAUGUGAAGUCUUCUAAUAUACUUUUGGAUGGAGACUACACUGCUAAAGUUUCAGAUUUUGGUGCAUCAAGAUUGGUCCCUAUUGAUCAAACCCAUGUUGUUACAAAUGUACAAGGCACUUUUGGGUACUUGGAUCCUGAGUACUAUCACACUGGGAAAUUAAAUGAGAAAAGUGACGUGUACAGCUUUGGAGUGGUACUUGUGGAGCUCCUCCUUCGGAAGAAACCUGUUUUUACAAGUGAGACAGGGAUGAAGCAAAAUUUGGCCAACUAUUUUCUUGGGGAACAAAAGGUGAAGCCUAUUACAGGCAUAGUGGCUCCUCAUGUUCUCAAGGACACAACAGAGCAAGAAAUUAACAUGGUUGCCUCCCUUGCGGAGAAGUGCUUGAGACUUCGUGGUGAAGAAAGACCUACAAUGAAGCAUGUAGAGAUGACAUUACAAUUGUUGCGAGCAGAAAGGUUGAACUCAUGCCGUGAUGUUCUUGGAAACAAGCAAUGCACGGAACCAUUUUUAGGUACAAGCACUACAGCCUAUUCUGAGCCAUUGGGUUUUGACUUUUUGGGCGAGAAAGCUACUUCCGAAUCCCAACAAUCCAAGAAAUGUUAUAGCUUGGGGCAAGAGUCUUCUUCUGUCACUCUGCCGCGUUAAAUAUGUCAUCAGUUCUAUACAGUGUGUAUUUUUGUUAUAAAUACCGAUUGUCUAUUUAGAAGGAUACAAUACUAUGGAUUAGUUUACUAUCCAACUGUUUAAUUUAGAGGCAUUGGUUCCUGAAAGAAAACUAUUUUGUUAAGAAUCAUGUAGCGAUUGUUGGACAGAACACCUGAUGGUCAAAA